ACUCUCCAUUAUCGCAGCAGCGACGGAGAACGUCGUUCGAUAGCGACGACAAUUGAAAAGCGAAAAUACGAAAAUACAAAAUAACAAUAUUCAACGUCGGCUGGCCCCCGCGAUAAGAUAAACAUCGAUAUUCGUGUUCGAAAACUAACCAUUUUCGCACCUUCAUUUGCAGAUUUGUGGCCAGUCUUCGCUUGGAUCGCCGUUGGGACGGAACAAACAGCACAACAGGAGCACACAAUGGCAGCCACCGAGGGGUCCGCGCGAAUCCAGUUCAAGGCGCUGAAGGGAUUUCCGGCGAUCGGCACUGAUAAGCUGGAGACACAGGCCUUCCUCGCCGCCUCCAAGGAGAUAGUAACCGUCAUAGAGAGCUUCGGCAAACUAUUUACGCCCGUGAUCAGCGACAUGAACGGAAACAUAAACAAACUGACGAAAGCCUAUGGGGCGGAUGUUUUGAAGUACCAAUAUCUGGAGGAUUUGAUCGUGCUGAAUGUGAACGUGGACGACUUCGCGGCCAACGCGCUGCUCUGGCUGAAGCGCGGCCUCCAGCUCAUCUGCACCUUCUUCGAGAACAUCUACAACGAUGCCCAGGCCAAGGAGACGCUGAAGCAGCACCUGCAGGACGCCUACGAGCGCACUCUGAAGCCCUACCACGGCUUCAUUGUCCAGAGCACAAUCAAGAUCAUCUACAGCUGGGUGCCCACGCGCAGCCAGCUGCUGGGCCAGGGAGCCGCCCAGGUAGAGAACAUCGAGGUGCUGACCAGCUUCCUGCCCACGAUGCGCGCCCAUCUGGACGCGAUCGAUGCCCUGCUGAAGGCGCACAAUCUGGACGAUGCCCGGAAGGUGUGAUCGGCGGUCACCGCACCGUUCUCUAGCUUAGCUUAGCUUAAAUAGCUUAUCCUACUUUAUUAUUUAUGCCAAUGUCCAAGUAAACCUCAGAGCCUUACUAUA